AUGGCUGUGAGAAAGCGCUUCGUCAACCCAUUUGCCCGCAGGACAUCUGCCGAGGAGCAGCCGGCGACUGGUGUGGCCGACAUGGAGGCUUCUGCGGACUCCAAAAUUGCCCUGGAAAAAUUGGGCGAGACCGAUCGGGCCUCGUUGGAUUCGGAAGUUGUUGACCAAAAAGCGCAGUCUGGUACUCAGAAAGCCCAGGCAAGCACCCAAGCCUGGACAAAGAACACAUUAAUCGCAGCUUAUGUUCUUGUCUGGGUUGUCAACUUUCUAGAGUACUUCAGCUCUGGACUUCUCAGCUCCCUAUCCCCGUAUAUCUAUAGUGGGUUCGAGCUACACUCCUUGACAGGUCUUACCUCCGUCAUCGCUUCAUUGAUCUCCGCUCUGGUUUUCUACCAGACUGGGUUCAGUAUGAUCGAUUUCUCCAUGACCAUCUUCAUUGCCGAUACUACGGCUUUAAAGAACCGGGCGUUCUGGAUUGCUUACGCCGCAUCUCCCUAUCUCAUCACACCUUGGAUCUACGGUUACGCUGCCGAUCAAAUCGUCGCCCCAGGCGGCAUCGGGUAUCGAUGGGGCUUUGGUGUCUUUGCCAUUAUCAUGCCCAUUGUCAGUGCUCCGCUCUGGGGUCUGUGGUAUUAUACCCAGAAAAAAGCCGAAAAGAUGAACUUGACGGAGAAGAAGAGCAGUGGACGAACUCUCUGGCAGUCCAUCUUGUUUUACUGCAUCGAGUUUGAUGUUAUUGGUCUGCUUAUCAUCGCCACGGGCUUUUCCCUCUUCCUGUUGUCGUUCAAUCUAUACUCUUAUCAACCUGGAGAGUGGCAUUCUCCCAUGAUUAUCUGUUUCGUUGUCAUCGGCUUUUGUUUGAUUAUCGCAUUCACCUUUUGGGAGAGAUACUUUGCGCCAGUGAAGUUCAUGCCUUGGGAGCUAAUCAAAAACCGGACCGUCUUCUUCACAUUUUCCAUGGUGGUAUCCCUGUACCUGGCUUGGUAUAUCUGGGAUAGCUACUUCUAUUCUCUCUUGCAGGUGAUGUUCAACCAAACCGUCACGGAAGCAACCUACAUCUCCAAUAUUUACACCAUGGGCUCAUGCUUCUGGUGCCUUGUCUUCGGAGCCAUCCUUCGCUACAACGGUCGUCUAAAAUGGUGGGCUAUUUGCUUCGGUGUUCCUCUUACCAUUCUUGGGGUUGGCCUCAUGAUCAAGUUCCGCCAGCCCGAUUCAAACAUUGGAUAUAUCGUGAUGUGCCAGAUCUUCGUUGCAUUCGGUGGUGGUACCCUCGUCAUCUGCGAGCAGAUGACAGUCAUGGCUGUUUCCGCUCAGAGAAAUAUCCCUGCUAUCCUGGCCAUCGAGGGUGUGGUUGCGAGUAUUGGUAGCGCUCUCGGAGGUACUGUUGCUGUUGCUAUGUGGACUGGAAUUUUCCCCGUCAAGUUAAAGGCGCUCCUCCCGAGUUCUGCACAGGCAGACUUCGCUACCAUUUACGGCUCCUUGGCUGUCCAGCUGUCCUACGCCAGAGGCACAGCUACUCGCGAUGCUAUUGACCAUGCCUACGGUGAAACUCAGCGACUUAUGCUCAUUACAGCUACCUGUCUUUAUCUUAUAACUUGGUCUUCGUGCUUCUUUUGGAAGGAUCUCAAUGUGAAGAAGAUGAAGCAGCAGGUGCAUGGUGUUCACUUGUGA